UUAAACACGGACAGGGAGCUGCUCAUAGUCACUGGAGCUGUCCAAAUUGCAGUGGUACCUUCUAGAACACAGGCAACUGUUUUUUUCACUGUUGUUUUCCUGUUUUAAUUUGCCCAGUAGGUCUCAUCAGGCAGGGGGAUCCUCAUCGUUGGUUUUACUGUAAUUUAGCUAGUUGUUAUUUGUGUUGAAAAUACCACCGGUUUCUAUUAACCCAGUCUUCUGAGUACAACCUCUUUGAGAUAUCCAAACAGAGAGAUGGAGGGAGGAGUGAUGAACAGAGGGGGGUUAGAGGGAGGAGUGACAUCUGAGAAGCCAGUGAUCCAGACGCAGCCGUCCACGCUGCCCUUCUUCGACACGGCCCAUGCCUUCAACCUUCUCCGGGGGAUCCACGAGCUCCGUGCCGAACGCAAGUUCUUCGACAUCACUCUGUGCGCCGAGGGCCAGGAGUUCCACUGCCACCGCACCGUGUUGGCCGCAGCCAGCACCUACUUCAGGGCCAUGUUCGCCGGGACAUUGAGAGAGAGCGCCAUGGACCGUGUGGUCCUUCACGAGGUGUCUGCUGAACUGCUGGGCCUGCUGGUGGACUUCUGUUAUACAGGCCGAGUCACAGUCACCCAGGAUAAUGUAGAUCUUCUGUUGAAGACUGCUGACCUGUUCCAGUUCCCCUCGGUCAAAGAGGCCUGCUGUGCCUUCCUUGAGCAGAGGUUAGACGUCUCCAACUGCCUGGAGAUCCAGGACUUUGCCGAGGCCUACGCUUGCCGUGAUCUAGCCGUCAGCGCACGCCGCUUUGUCCUCAAGAACAUUGUGGAUCUGGCCAAAGGCAAGGACUUUGAGCGGUUGCCCUGGAAACGUUUGCUGGAGUUUGUGUCGGACGACGCGCUGUGUGUGGACAAGGAGGAGACGGCCUAUCAGAUUGCGGUGCGCUGGCUCAAAGCAGACCUACAGAGGCGGCUCCACUACUGGCCCGAGCUGCUGCAGCAGGUCAGACUACCCUUCGUGCGCCGGUUCUAUCUACUCGCCCACGUGGAGAGCGACCCACUGGUCUACCUCUCCCCCUCCUGCCUGAGAAUGGUGAGUGAGGCCCGGAGCUUCCAGUCGUGUGAGUACGACCGCCACGACAGACCCUGCCAACGCAUGCGGCCACGGCCCUCAACCGGACUGGCGGAGAUCCUGGUAGUGGUGGGAGGCUGUGACCAGGACUGCGAUGAGCUGGUCACUGUGGACUGUUACAACCCUCAGACUGGACAGUGGCGCUAUCUGGCUGAGUUCCCUGAUCACCUGGGAGGGGGCUACAGUAUAGCUGCCCUGGGCAACGAUAUGUAUGUCACAGGAGGAUCUGAUGGUUCACGACUCUACGACGGCGUGUGGCGCUACAACUCCAGCGUCAAUGAGUGGACCGAGGUGUCGCCCAUGCUGAAAGCCCGGGAGUACCACAGUUCCUGUGUCCUCAAGGGCCAGCUGUACGUGGUGGCGCCAGACAGCACGGAGCGCUACGACCAUGCGCUGGACUGCUGGGAGGCCCUGCCCCCCAUGCUGCACGCCAUGGACAACUGUUCCACCACCACCUGCAGGGGGCGCCUUUACGCCAUUGGCUCCAUGACCACCACGGGGGAGGAUAACAUGGCCAUCCAGUGCUAUGAUUCGGAAGCCAAUCGAUGGACCCUAGUCAACUGUGGCGAGCUGCCGCCAUGGUCCUUCGCUCCCAAAACGGUCACUCUCAAUGGGCUCAUAUACUUUGUCAGGGAUGACUCGGCAGAGGUCGACGUCUAUAACCCUCAGAAGAAUGGAUGGGACAAGAUCAGCCCCAUGACACAGGUCCAUGUAGGAGGCAGUGUGGCAGCGCUGGGCGGUCGUCUCUUCGUGUCUGGUGGCUAUGACAACACGUUUGAGCUGUCUGACGUGGUGGAAGCUUACGACCCCUCAACCCGUACCUGGACCCCCACGGGCCGCCUGCCCCAGCCCACCUUCUGGCAUGGCAGCGUCAGUAUCUUCCGCCAGUUCAUGCCCGCCGUAUCCAACACUUUCGAACCCAUCGACCUGCCCGAGGCCAACUCCAUCCACCUGCACCGACACCACCGCAACCAGGCCCUGCACAACCACAACCUCAAUCUCAACCAGAACCACGACGUCAACCCAGUGUAACACACUACAUGGACUAAUGGUUCAGGGGAUAUCAUCCUGACUGUUUCAGCCAUUAGUGCCAUUUUAGGUUUACUGUGAAAACAUACACCUCAUUAUGAUACUACAGACGGUAGAAAAACGUUAUAGUGCACUCUGCUUAUAGUGAAUGCAGUUAUAGUGAUUAACUGCUUAUAAUGAUCAAAUGCAUAGAUGCAUGGAUGAGAUCACUAUAGGACUGUCAUUACAUUACACUGUGCCACUUCUGUGACAGAGCAUGUGUGCAGUUGUGUCAUCCCCAUGUUAUUUACUUGCCUGCCACUCUGUCAAAACUCACGAUCAGUUUGCCUAUUAUUGACUGGACUAAUAGACUGGCUGGGUAUGAAGGUCUCAUGUUGGGGAAAGCACAAGCUGCCCAUACAUGGGCAUCUAGGGCAGGCAGUAGUAGUGUUUCGUCUUGAUUACGGUUAUAUCAUUUUAUUUAUUUUUUUACAUAAUCAAGUAACUAUGGAGCUGUUUUCGGUUGUUUAGAGUGAGAGCCAACAUCAUCCUUCAGAAUCAAUAGCAUGAGCCCAUACAUUCCAAAAGCCAACACAACCACAAAAAGGUUUUUGAGCACUUAACCAGAUUUGAUAACCGUUGAGAGAUGUAUCUGGAGAUUUGUCCAGAGCUAUACUGCUAGGAACCUGUUAUGGAACCAUAGGGUGGAAUCAGAACAUGGUUGCAUAUGAUGCGACUGGGCUGAUAGAUUCCGUAGAUGAGUUCUCAUUCUAUUUCUAUAUCCCUGUUUUAUACCUGGUGCUAACAUGGGUCCUUUGUCCUGAUCUUGUCUACAUUCUGAUUGUGCAAACAUUUCAUGAAACGUGUCUACACAUGGUAUUAAAAUGUCUGUUAUUCGUCCAGGGCAGCAGAGCAUUGGGCCAGUAACUGAAAGGUCACUUUUUCAAAUCCCUGAGCUGGCAAAGUGGAAAAAUCUGCUUUUCUGCCCUUGAGCAAGGCACCAACAAUAACAACUGCUCCCCAGGCGCCUUGAACGUUAAGGCAGCUCCUCUCUGAUUCAGAGGGGUUGGGUUAAAUGCGUACGACACAUUUCGGUUGAAUGCAUUCAGUUGUGCGACUGACUAGGUGUCACCUUUCCCACUGUGUCAGCAUUGUGACCAGAUUUCCUGGUCCCUUCCUUUUUAUACAAAUUAUUUCAUAGCUAUUCUUUCAAAAUAAUAUUGAUUUAUUGUAAGACAUGUUGAUCUAAUCAGUUAAUGGUCCCACCUGUCAAUGAUUUUAGAGGGCGGAAUAAUUAUUAUAUAAAUGGUUUCUCCGUCCAGAUCUGUCUAGACUUGUAAGAUAUCCAGACACAAUGCGCGUCUGACUACAUCUGGAGGUAGGCAGGAUGAUCUGAUCACAAUCAGAUCACAAUGUGUCUUUUGAUUAUCUACACCUGUCUAAAAAUGUGGGCACAAUCAGAAUGUGGACAAGAUCUGGACAAAGGAUGCAGGUAUAAAUGGGGCUAAUGACAAUAUUCUAUCAGAUGCUGAUCACCAUUUUCCUCUCCCUCAUCCGGACUGUGUUUCAGAUUUUGUUGGCAUGACUACCAAUCUAGCCUGCAUGAAUUACUGGUCAUAUCUUUUCUUUGAAGAUUGCCUUCAUUAUAGAUGCUUUAUUUUAUUAGAAUGGUUUAAUUUUAUUUAUGAAAAUGUAUGUUUUUGUAGUGUUAUUUCUGAUUAUGUUACAGUUUUUUCUAUUGCAACAGGAGGCACAGGUACAUAUGAAAAUAGAUCAUGGUAAAACAACCACUAUCAACUGGAAGUAAUAACACAUUCUCAGCUUAUUUCUGUAACAUUGUUUGACUAAAGUCAUUUUUAGUAUUGUUUACUUUCAUUAAUGCUAUUCUGUUUUUUGUGUUUUCUUAGUUUUCAUACAAGUUGUUUGUGUUCAAACAUUUUUGGGUUGGUAUACUGUAGUGAUGAUGUCCUUACAGUGAGUGUUAUCACAAUAAAACUGCAGGCAGGACUGUUACUUCA